AUGAGCCCAGCCCCGCCAGUCGUGGUUGCUCCUGCCGCCCCGGUCCUCCCCGUCGUCCCCACCAUCCUCGACGUCCCUGGUCCCUCGUCUCCUCGUGCUACCGGCCCGCUAGACACAAACUGCGACGCAGAGAUCGUGAGGAAGCUCUUCGUCGAGCUGAACCGCGAGGCCCUCGACGUCCUGGCAGACGACGACCUGGUGUUCCUCAGCAGCGAUGACGAGGAGGACGUCGUUGAAGAGGGGAAAGUCGGCGAGGAGGAGAAGGAUGGCGCCACGGGCAGCGGUGGCUCAUCGAGGGACAGCCAGGCUGCUCCCAUCUUGUCAGCGAGCCCUUAA